CUCCACAAAGAUUCCACCCUCUUUCUACUAUAUAAAGAGGCAUAUCUUUUGUUUUCAAACAUUAACACAUUGGAUCCUUUUCCGUGAGCGAUAAGUUAUUUUCAGGACUCCAAGAAAAUGGUUAAUCCAGAAAAUAUUCCCUCUUGCGAUCGCAAACCUCCUCGUUUGACAAGAGAUCAAGAGCAUGUGAUCAUGGUUUCUGCUUUACGACAAGUGAUAUCAAACGACCGAGGUAACAGUACUUCAUCAUCUAACUCGGUUGCAUUUGAAUCUCUUCAUCAACCUUUAGACGCUGGUCCUUGUCCUCUCUGCAGUAUUACCGGUUGCUUAGGUUGCGCAUUCCCACGGCAUAAAGAGAUGGCGAAAGAGAAGAAGCACAAAGGUGUGAGGAAAAAGCCAUCAGGUAAAUGGUGUGCGGAGAUAUGGGAUCCGAGUUUGCAAAGAAGGAAAUGGCUUGGAACGUUUCCAACAGCUGAAAUGGCUGCGGAGGCUUACGAUGAUGAGGAGGCUAAGCUUGUCAAAAGAAAGACAUCAACAAGUGGCAAAAUGAACGGAAAGGAACCAACUUCUCACUCGAAGUAAACAUGCAGUGGACUUAUAGUACACAAAAUCGUCACACAUAUCAUUUAUUUCAUUGAUCAGAUUCUUACAUGUGUUAAAUAUUGUGUUACUACAUUGUUAUUCUUUAUUGUUUUAGCUUUACUAAAAUUUAAAUUUUCUUUUCGUAUUUGAUUAAAUUUUGCUGUAUUGUUUGAAAUCAUUAUUUGUAAUAAG